AUGGAGAAGUGUAAGUUUUUCAUGGAGAGGAUAAUCUUCCUAGGCUGUGUAGUUUCGGGGGAGGGUAUAAUGGUUGAUCAAUCAAAGGUAGAUGCACUUAGGAGUUGGCCCGAACCUAAAACCAUUAGUGAAGUAAGGAGUUUUCAUGGUAUAGCCUCAUUUUAUAGGAGAUUUGUAUCCAACUUUAGUAUGCUUAUGUCUCCCAUCACCGAAUGUUUAAAGAAAGGGAAUCUUGAGUGGACAAAGGAGGCAAAAGAUGCUUUUGAGGUGAUUAAAAAGAAGCUUUGUGAAGCAUCCAUUCUAGCUAUACCCGAUUUCUCUAAGGUGUUUGAAGUGGAGUGUGAUGCUAGUAGAGUUGGAAUUGGGGUGGUCCUUACUCAAGAUAAAAGGCUGUUAGCAUAUUUUAGUGAGAAGCUCAAUGAUUCUAGGAAGAGAUAUAGCACUAUAUGA